CGUUACACUCCAGGCAUUAAAUGUAGCCCCUACACAACUUCACCCAAAUAGUUGGACGUUUAUCCGAGGGUUCGAGAUUUUGUGCUCGGGUCUAGGCAUUAUUCCGACUUUAGAUAAGUUUUUCUACUUUUUUGAAUCUCGAGUGAGCAAGCGUACUGGUUGGGUGUCUGUUGGUGGAGUAAAUGGACGAGGGCUUUUGACACUGUUUCAAUCGUCCUAUAAGGACUUUAAAAAGUCAUUUUUCUGACUUCGGUGUACCCCUGGGAAUGAAAAUGUGCUUGACGGUUUCCCUCUGUACUGGAACCGGCGAACGGUAACUUAUGGUGGUCUAUCAUUCGAGAAGGUCGCCGAAGAAGAUCAAAAGGACGUUAAAAAUCUUGAGGAGCUUCAAACGAUUUUCAACACCACUAGGCUUCUAGACUUAGAAAAUAGGCCCCGUGAAUUGAGAAUCUAUAUAGAAAAGAUGGCGAGCUUGAGCAAUCGUGAGAUGAGGAAAUUAUGGAAGCAACAAGAAGCUUCCAAAGUUGUGGAGGUAGCAACGGUCGGUGAAAAGGCGAGUGAUGCCGGGGCUCCCCCCAAGAAGGGUGUCGUUGCCAAGAGUCCUCACAAGCGUCGCCGGGCGAUCGAGAACCCCGUCACCCUGGUGAAUCUGGAGACUGAGGUCGGGGGAGAGGAGCUUGAAAAAGACGUCGAGGUCCAAUCAGCUGAGCGGACACUGAGUAUGUGCAUUGGGGACAACUGGGAACCCCUUGACCAUGGUACUGACCAAGGGAAAACUUUGUCCUUCUAGGACGAAAAGUUUAACCAUUCGUCUCACAUCCGCAACACCGAUUUGCUUGAGGGCGAUAAGGAGGACUUAGAAAAAAUGAGCCCCUUUUCGAUUGCAAAGGGGGUUGAGUCCCUGACUAAUCGUCUCUCCGCUUUGUCUCUUAUCAAUGAAGAUAAAAUUCGCGGAAUGGCUCGAGAGAUCAAGCUGCAGGGAAAGAAGAUCAAUUCCCUCGAAGAGGCCGUGAAGAAGGGUAAGGCGGAUCUUCAGUGGGUGAAUUUCGAGCGAGAUAAGCUUCUUGAAGGUCGGCAUGCCUUUGAUAAUGAGAGGAAAACUUGGGCCUCCGAGAGAUCCAACUUCGAGAAGGAGCUUGAGGAGAUCAAGUUAGCCCGAGACAAAAGCGUGGAUGCGGCUCAAGUCUUCGAGGGAGAGUUAACCUUGGUGAAGGCCGAGGUUGAGAGGCUACAGGCUGACCUUCAUGCGGUAAAGAUGGAUGCAUUGAAGAAGUUUAUGCAAGGUUUCGACGCUGCCAAGAGUCAAGUAAAUCUUCUUCAUGCUGAUAUUGACCUUGAAGGUAUUGGCUACUUCAAGGAGAUCGUGGAUGGCGAACUCGUGGAUCCCCCCGAGGAUGAUUGAGUCUUUGGAUGUUGCAUGUUUCUUUUAACUCUUCAUUGUUCUCACUUGCUUCAAGGACUAUUGUAGACUUUC